AUGAGUAAUAAAUUCAGUCAGAGUAGAAUCUUUCAGCUGCACCAAAAAACCCACAGAGGAGAGAGAACUUUUACAUGCCCAGAGAGUGGAAAGAGAUUCAGUGGGAGUGGCAGUCUUCAACGUCAUCAGAGAACCCACACAGGGGAGAAACCUUUUAAAUGCUCAGAGUGUGGAAAGAAAUUCAGUGAGAGUGGCAAUCUUCAACGUCAUCAGAGAACCCACACAGGGGAGAAACCUUUUGAAUGCUCAGUGUGUGGAAAGAGAUUCAUUCAGAGUAGCGAUGUUCAAUAUCAUCGUAGAACUCACACAGCGGAAAAAACUUUCGAAUGCUCAGUAUGUGGGAAGAGAUUCAUUCAAAGUAGCGAUCUUAAAAAGCAUCAGAGAACUCACACAGGUGAGAAACCUUUUGAAUGCUCAGUGUGUGGAAAGAAAUUCAGUGAGAGUGGCACUCUUCAAUAUCAUCAGAGAACCCACACAGGGGAGAAACCUUUUGAAUGCUCAGAGUGUGGAAAGAGAUUCAGUGGGAGUGGCCAUCUUCAACGUCAUCAGAAAACCCACACAGGGGAGAAACCUUUUGAAUGCUCAGAGUGUGGAAAGAGAUUCAGUCAGAAUGGCACUCUUCAACAUCAUCAGAGAACCCACACAGGGGAGAAACCUUUUGAAUGCUCAGAGUGUGGAAAGAGAUUCAGUCAGAAUGGCACUCUUCAACAUCAUCAGAGAACCCACACAGGGGAGAAACCUUUCGAAUGCUCAGAGUGUGGAAAGAGAUUCAGUCAGAGUGCCAAUCUUCAAAAGCAUCAGAGAACCCACACUGGGGAGAAACCCUUUGAGUGCUCAGAGUGUGGGAAAAAAUUCAGUCAGAGUGGCCAUCUUCAGUAUCAUCAGAGAACCCACACAGGGGAGAAACCUUUUGAAUGCUCAGAGUGUGGAAAGAGAUUCACUCGGAGUGACAGUCUUCAAAGUCAUCAGAGAACGCACACAGGGGAGAAACCUUUUAAAUGCUCAGAGUGUGGAAAGAAAUUCAGUGACAGUAGCAAUCUUCAACGUCAUCAGAGAACCCACACAGGGGAGAAACCUUUUGAAUGCUCAGUGUGUGGAAAGAGAUUCAUUCAGAGUAGCGAUGUUCAAUAUCAUCGUAGAACUCACACAGUGGAAAAAACUUUCGAAUGCUCAGUAUGUGGGAAGAGAUUCAUUCAGAGUAGCGAUCUUAAAAAGCAUCAGAGAACUCACACAGGGGAGAAACCUUUUGAAUGCUCAGUGUGUGGAAAGAAAUUCAGUGAGAGUGGCACUCUUCAAUAUCGGAAAAGGUUGUGUCCAAUGUCAGCUUGGGGACCAACAAAGUUUUAUUCUGAGUAG